GAGAUCAAAUCAGCUUCCACCUCAGGGCCCUGGGAGUAGAUCUGCUGUAUAUUCUCCUGAAAGACACAUUUCCUAACUUCACUUUAUCUUUGACACAUCCACAAGGAGAUGCCACGAACACACAAACACUUCAGGAAUCAUUUGUUUGCUUUUUUUCUCUAAUCCAAGGUUACAUCCCUUAUUGAACAUUGUUGCAACAAUGUGAGUCACGGUGUAUCUAACACCACAAAGAGUUUGACAGAAUUCCCACUGUUUCAUCGACAAGGGUCUAUUUCAGCCACCAUGAUCAAGAUGAUUUUAAUUAACUUUCUGCCAAAACAACACACUUGAACUCUGCAAGAGUUCUACUCAACCGCCCUCUAAUGCUUUUGGCUAAUUUCCUGAACACAACAGGAGAAUGAUGAAAAACGAUCCAACGUGGCCAAUCCUGAGCAUCCGAAAUGGUAUAUAAGAGUGUGAUACGAUCUCAAAGUCAGAACAACGAAGCAAGAGCUCUGGAAAGAAAUUCAUCCACAAAGCCAACGCCUUACAUCUCCUGGAAGAUCUUCACCAUGAGACAGUCACUCAUGUCCGUCAUCUUUGCUGCAGCACUCUUAUUUGAGUGCUAUGCACUGUCAGUGGCAUUACCCAUGGGCAAGACUGAAGACAGCUCCCUGGAGCAAGAUACUUUCGCUUCGCUGCUGAGCGACGAGGGGACAGAAAACAGUCUCGCCGACGCAGAUCUGGCCGCUGCAAGCAAAACCAGAGGGCCGAGGGUAAUAGUUGUUGCUGAUCCGAGUCUGUGGAGGGACCUGCGGGUGCUGCACAACGGACCGUCCUUCUACAAGCGGAGAGCUGAAGACAACAGCCAGGUCAUCGAGCACAAAGACGCCGGCCAGGACCUGAGCAUCCCCAUCCUGAGGAGGGACACCAUGAGGUGCAUGGUGGGACGAGUGUACCGGCCAUGCUGGGAAGUCUAGGACAGUUUGCUCUGCUUGUCAAGGCGCCAAAACAGAGGUCCACCACCACGUCUUUUCCUGCCUCACGCUGAGCUGUAACAUAAUCCAAAAAUCUGUGUAUCUAUAUUUAAAUUAUUGCAGAU